AUGACGCGAGCGUUGGAGCGAUGGCGAAGACGGUCUCAGGCCGCGGCCCAACACGCCCUCAGGCUGAUCUUACAAAUUCUACUGAUACAGAAUUUCGCUACCGCCCAAAUAGCCAAGUGUCCGCCCCCCGAGACUAUUCCAGGCUGUCCUUGUUACAAUAUUGAGGAUGGUUUUUUCCUAGAAUGCGCUGGCGCCACGGAAGAGACCCUGAGGACCACUCUGGAGGGCGUUCUGAGAGUAGGCGGGGCUGGUACAAUCGUGCAGUCGUUGAGCGUUUACGAGCUGGACAAAACCGUGGAGGAAUUGAAAGACGGCUGUUUUCCGCGGGGCUCUCAAAUCAGACACCUACAAAUAUCCCAUUCGUCCCUGCGCGAAAUAAGCGAGGGCGCGUUCGUGAACCUCAAGGACAGUUUGGAGUCGUUGGCUCUGGUAUCCAGCCGUUUGUCGCACGUGCCGCAGAAGUCGUUGGCCGAUCUGCGAAACCUGGUCGCGCUGAACCUCGAGGCCAACUUGAUACAAGACCUCUCGUCGUUUUGCUUCUACGGUCUGAAGCUUAUGAAGCUGACGCUCAAGGGCAAUCAAAUAUCAAAAAUCUCGGAAUACGCGUUCGCUGGUUUAGAGAAUAGUCUUAGCAAUUUGGACCUGGCCGAGAACAAGCUCAAAAUGUUCCCGAUGGCGCCGCUGAGAAGACUAGACAUCUUAGCGUCGCUGAGGCUCGCCUGGAACGAGAUAUCAGAACUGCCGGACGACAAGUACAGCCUGCUGACCUCGUUGCUGAUCCUGGACUUGAGUAGCAAUAACUUCGAGAAGUUAGCCGAGGAUUGCUUCAGGUCUUGUCCCAUUUUACACACGCUCUCGCUUUAUUACAACUCGAUAGAGACCAUUCAUAAGGACGCGUUCGUAUCGCUCAAAGACCUGGAGUCUAUCGAUCUCAGCAACAAUAAGAUUGUGUUUCUCGAUAUAGCCACGUUCAAGGGGAACGAAAGACUGCGCACCAUCGAAUUGAGUCACAAUCACAUCCACUACAUCGGCGGCGUUUUCGCGAGGCUGCCAGAGCUCAGGGAACUGUACCUGGCGGAGAACAAUAUUCUGGAAAUCCCCGGAGACGCAUUUAUUGGUAGCGUCAGCUUGGCGGUCGUCUACCUUCAGCAGAAUGCCAUUAGAAGAAUCGAUGGGAAGGGUCUGACUAGUCUCACGCAAUUGGCCCAAUUGUACCUUAGCAACAAUUACAUCGAAAAGGUGCCGCGGGAGUUCCUCGAGCAUUGCGAGAAUCUCUCUUCCCUGUCCCUAGACGGCAACAAGAUCCGCGAGCUUCAACCGGGCACUUUCCUGAAAUUGCAUCAACUGAGGGAGCUGCGUCUCCAAGACAAUCACAUCAUCGAGGUGAAGCGCGGUGUUUUUUCGCCGCUACCGUCGUUGCUGGAACUCCAUUUGCAGAACAACGCCAUCACCGACAUGGAGACUGGCGCGUUGAGGACGCUCAACAGCCUCCAGCACGUUAAUUUACAAGGCAAUCAGCUGACAGUUCUGGGCGACGUGUUCCAAUUGUCAACAUCCGAGUCGUCUUCCGGUGGCAGUUCUUUGGUGUCCAUUCAGCUGGACAGCAACGGGCUGGCGGUGUUGCACAACGACUCCCUGCGCGGACAGGCUUCCGUCAGGAUCAUGUGGCUAGGUCACAACAAACUGACGCAUCUGCAGGCGCCACUCUUCAGGGACUUGCUUCUGGUAGAGCGGCUCUAUUUAACCAACAACUCGAUAUCCAGGAUCGAGGAUGGUGCCUUCCAGCCGAUGCAGGCUCUCAAGUUUCUGGAGCUGAGCAUGAACAAACUCAGUCACAUCACCGCGAGGACGUUCUCCAAGUUACACAAACUCGAAGAACUGUAUUUGCAGAACAAUGGUUUGAGACGAUUGGACCCAUACGCUCUGACAGCCCUGAAGAAACUCAAGGUGCUGGACCUGGCCAACAAUCAACUGACCGUCUUGCACGACGCCAUGUUUCAAGAAGAUCUGCCGAUCGAGACGCUGAAUCUGAAGAACUGCUCCAUCGUGAGCGUAGAGAGCAGCGCUUUCCGUGAGCUGAGCAAUCUGUCGAACCUGAACCUGGAAGAUAAUCUUCUUACAGCGUCUGCCUUAUUGUAUCUGCAUAUUCCUGGGCUUAGCACUCUUGCCGCAUCCGGUAACAACUUCAGCCAGAUCUCUGAGCACAGUUUAAACGGGCUGCCGUCCUUGCAGGAGCUGUUAUUGGACCAGGCACAGAUUUCUCAGCUGCCGGAGACCAUCUUCGUCCUUAAUCGGAACUUGGCGCGCCUGCAUCUGAACAAUAACUAUCUUCGUAGCCUCCCGCCAGGUAUCUUCGAUAGGCUGUUGUCUCUUUCGAAAAUUCGAUUGGACUAUAAUCGGUUUCUGGACAUCCCGUACUCCGCGCUGGCCAGUGCUCUCAAUCUGGAGAUCCUCACUCUCUCCCACAACGAAAUCGCGAACGUGGACGUGGCCAGCUUCGCCAGUUUAAAAUAUAUGAAGGAAUUAGACCUCAGUCACAAUCGGAUAGAGACGAUGUCCGGCUUCGCCAUGGCGAACCUGUCGCGUCUGAUCUCCGUGGACCUGAGUCACAAUCAUCUAAAUGCCCUUCCGGCCAAUUUCUUUGCGCACUCGUCCAUGUUGCACAAGGUGGACUUGUCCGAAAACAAGUUCAGACAGAUCCCAGCUGUGGCGUUGUCCGGCCAAAACCUUCCCGCGUUGCGUUGGUUGAACCUUACGAGAAAUCCACUCAACAGAAUCCACGAUCUUGCCUCGGAGGCUAUGUACCCUAUCCUCCAAGAAGUCCACAUAUCUGGCACCAACUUGAGCAUAGUUACGUCUCAGGACUUUGAAGCAUUUCCAGCUUUGCUGCAUCUGUUUUUGGGUCAGAAUGGCAUCCUGAGGGUAUCGCCAGGUGCAUUCAGAAGCUUGCCCAAUCUUUUGACGCUGCAUCUUGGAAUGAACAGCUUGGAGAUCCUGCCCAAGGAGAGACUACAGGGUAUGGAGCAUCUAAGGAUUCUGAACCUCACCCAUAAUCGACUGAAAGAGCUCGAAGAAUUCCCCGAAGACCUAAAAUCGCUUCAAAUACUGGAUCUUUCGUACAAUCAGAUCGGAAUCGUGGACAAGGUGACGUUCAAGAACUUGGUCAGCCUGGUGGAAUUGCAUCUCUACGGGAAUUGGAUUAACGCCAUCUCUAGCGAAGCGUUUAGACCUUUGAAAAAGCUACGACUAUUAGAUCUGAGUAGAAAUUACCUGGAAAAUCUACCGCUGAACGCGUUUCGACCCCUGGAGACACAGAUACGGAGCUUACGCGCUGAAGAGAAUCCGUUACAUUGCGGCUGCGAGUCGCAAGAACUCUGGGAAUGGUUGAGGGACCAUCAGAAGCUGGUUAGCGGAGUAGGUGGUGGUCGCGGUCGCGGAAGAAACGGCGUCGGGGUCGGAGAUGUCGAGGGCGGUCUACUGAGAUGCGAGCAGCCGCCGGAGCUUCGGGGUUUGGUUUUCCUCGAUCUCGACCCUCACGCUUUCUGCUCUGCUCCGUUGGUCCUGAAACUCGCGAUUCAGGACAUCCAGCCGUUUUCUGUACUCGUGUCCUGGCAGAGCAGAAACCAUUCCGGUCUGCAUGGCUACCAAGUGGCCUACCAUGCGCUGGACAAUGUCGACGAGGUACGAGGCAAGCUACUUGACCCGAAGGCACGUUCGGUGAGGCUGACAAAAUUGGCCUCGGACACCCGGUACUUGAUUUGCGUUCUCGGUCUGGGCAGCUGGGGCACGCCAAUCCCGGAAGACAUCGGUUCUUGGCAAUGGAAUGCCUCUCACGACGACGUGAUCGAGGGCUCUGCCCUUCCCGUGAUGGUCAAUUCACCCACGAGCCUCUGUACGGAGGUCAGAACCCUGGACGCGCCGGACUCGAUAGUGGGUGACGGAACGAUGAGCGAUAGAGGAGGUUUGGCGAGCAUCCUGACGAGGAGGUUGGGCCUAAUAGUCGGCAGUUGCAUGGGCUUUGUCGUGUUCGUGGUCCUGAUCUCUGUGUUGGGCUACAUGAAGAUGAAGAAACAGAGGUCCACGGAGAAGAGGGAUCAGCCUCUAGCCUCGAACCCGCAGACCUACAUGACCUACAGACACUACUCGCUGCAGAGCGGCGACAGAGCGGACAACGCUUGCCCUAGCUUCAUCAGCAAUAUCGGCACCACGCCUCUGAACUCGUAGCACAAACCGAAAGAGUCUCGCAAAGAGGCUGAUCAUCGUAGCAUCGAGAUGAAGAGCGCUCCCGGCUGCGUGGGUAUCUUUGGAUGAGGACCCGGACCAGCGAACACGCCGAAGAACGUCAACAACUGAGGCCCCGUUGUCACGUGCCAGGUUUCGUUUCGUUCUUCGAGAUUCACCCUGGAGGUGCGGGCGUCCAGUCCUGGUGAUAGACUGAUUUCACUCGUAGAGGUAGCUAGGACGAACGAUUUCAGAAUGAAUUCUAACGUUAACGAAUCAACGCUGGUUUUGAUUAAGUGCCAAAAACUGAUACGCGUAGAUCUUGACCAGGACACAGCGAACUAGUUUGAUCCGUCGAUCUGCCCGAAAGGUAGGUUCCAAGUGUCAGUGAAAGACAAAAGCCAUUACUCGCGUGCCAAAAGUUCUACAGACUCGAUUCACAGAGCCAAAAAGUCCAUGAAGGGACUCGACGGUAUUGCUCAGUCGACCGAUUGUCUGUUAUCGAACAGAUCCUCCGACCAUUUACGAGAACCGAACAACGACAUAAAGGAUCCCUUUUUGGAACAAUUCGAAUCUACUCCUACGAAGACUGAUUUUUUAAUGCCGUUUCCCCCUCAUAAUUUCGACGCUCAUAUUGUAUGUACGAUACCGUCACACACUUUCUUUGUAAAUAAUAGCGUACGAAAGCUGUCGCGACUUAACGAUGUUCGUAUUGACGCUCGUAUAUUCCGAGAGGAAACUCGACCUCUUAAUAGUGCUGCGCAAGCAAUAUUACACUUACUCGUAUCGAUAGUCCCAAAACGAUCAGCACUAAACUUAAUUAAGAAGUGGUCUUUUAGAAGACUCGAUGUUUCUUUCUUUUUUUUUUCUCUCACAAUCUCUCUUUAUCUUUCUCUAUCUCUCCAUUUCACUCUCUGUAAGCGACCACCACCGAAAGAUCCGGAAGCCGGCGGUCUCGUCUUUGUAACGGAAACCGCCGUGUCCGAUCAUCCGGGAACCAGAACUUCUCGAAUCGCGACUGAUUAACGCGUGACUCCUGCCAAGAAAUGAGAACAGAGAAUCGAUUUCGAGUUGCCAAAUGUUACACGGUGACGUUGUGGAAGAUGGAUUUAUUGUAUAUAGAUAGAAGAUAUGUAUACACAUAGCAUUCUUUAUUAUAGACUAGGAUUUCGGUUAAU